AUGAAUAGGUUAUUUGGCUAUGGUAACAAGAAGUCACAGGAUCAACUUAUCAAAGAAUCCUCUCAGGCGAUGAACGCUGCUCAACAGAACUUGCAGAGUAAGAUGUCUCAAUUGGAUACAGAGAUUACACAAAUAAAUUUCCAAUUAACAAACAUUCAAAAACGUUUAAGUAAGAUAAAAUCUCCAUCAGGACAAAAACCGUUGAGAAAUCAAGCACUUAAGCUGUUAACAAAGAGAAAGAAAUUAGAAUCGAUGAAAGAUUCUAUGGAAUCUCAGGAAUGGUCAAUGGCACAAGCAUCAAUGAUGAAUGACACUAUAAAUAACACUUUAAUAAGUGUGAACGCAAUGAAACAACACAAUGCUCUUUUGAAAUCUCAGUUCAAGAAGAUAGACCUGGAUAAGCUUGAAGACAUGCAAGAUGAAAUGAUUGAUUUGAUUGAACAAAAUGAUGAGUUACAAAACAUCCUAAGCGAAGGGUUCAACACUAAUCUAGACCUUGACGAAUUUGACGAGGCGGAAUUGGACGGAGAACUAGAAGCCCUGGCAGAAGAUAUGGAAAAUGAUGAACAAUUCCUUAUUAACGAUACGGGGUUAUUAGAAGGAGGAGAAGGCACAGUACCCUCUUAUUUAAACGAUAGUAUACCACAAUUCAUUGAUGAAGAUCCUGAACAAAAAUUAACUGAUAAAACGUUAGAAAAUGCAUGA